AUGGUCAGGACGUCCGGCGAAUUGGAGCGGCUGGCACGCAGGGGGGCAAAUGGCGAUGUCGCAGCGCUCGACGCGCUGGUAGGUUUCAUACGCGGCGGUGGCAGCAGGGUCGCAGGCAGCGCCGCUCGGGACCUGCACGCCAUCGUCGAGAGCGGCGGCCGUGAGGUGGCGGCACGGGUUGCGGUUGCGGGCGCGCUCGACGCGCUGAUGGGUCUGAUCAGCAGGGGUGACAGCGAGGCCGCAAGCUGCGCCGCUUCGGCCGUGGGGGCCAUCUUGGGCAGCGGCUGCGGCGAGAUGGAGAUGCAGGUCGCGGCAGCGGACAUGCUCAACAAGCUGGUGGGCAUGAUACGCGGCGGUGACAGCAGCGCCGCAGGCCGCGCCGCUAAAGCCCUGCAUACCGUUGUCAUGAUCGGCGGCAGCCGCGAGGCGGCGGCGCGGGUUGCGGGUGCAGGCGCGCUCGACGCGCUGAUAGGUCUGAUCAGCAGCCGUAACAGCAAGGCUGCAUUCUGCGCCUUGAAGGCCGUGGUUUGCAUCACUGAAUGCGGCUGCGGCGAGAUGGACGUGAGGGUCGCAGCGGCGGGCGAGCUCAACAAGCUGGUGGGCAUGAUACGCGGCAGUGACAGCAGCGUCGCAGGCCGCGCCGCUCGGUGCCUGCACGCCAUCGUCAAGAGCGGCGGCAGCGAGGUGGCAGCGCGGGUCGCGGAUACGGGCGUGCUCGACGCGCUAAUACUUCUGAUCAGCUGCCGUGACAGCGAGGCCGCAAGCUGCGCCGCUUCGGCCGUGGGGGCCAUCAUGGGCAGCGGCUGCGGCGAGAUGGAGAUGCAGGUCGCGGCAGCGGACAUGCUCAACAAGCUGGUGGGCUUGCUACGCGGCCGCGACAGCUACACCGCAGGCCGCGCCGCUAAAGGCCUGUGUACCAUCGUCACUGGGUGUGGUGACGAGAUGGUGGCGCAGGUCAGGAAGGCGGGCGCGGUCGAGGCGCUGCAGGGUAUCUUACGUCGCCCUGGCAGCUGGGCGGCAAGCUGGGCCAGCGUCGCCCUGCGCGCCAUCAACACGAGCUGA